AUGCCAGAAAUUGUACAUCCCAAUACAGUGAGUGAACAAAGACUUGUGGGUCCUGCCACCUACCCAGGCAGCCUGGACAAACCCUUAUCCAAGACCUGGACAAACCCCCAUCCAAGACCGGGACAAACCCCCAUCCAAGACCUGGACAAACCCCCAUCCAAGACCUGGACAAACCCCCAUCCAAGACCGGGGCAAACCCCCAUCCAAGACCGGGACAAACCCCCAUCCAAGACCGAGACUAACCCUUAUCCAAGACCGAGACAAACCCUUAUCCAAGACCUGGACAAACCCCCAUCCAAGACCGGAACAAACCCUUAUCCAAGGCCUGGACAAACCCCCAUCCAAGACCGGGACAAACCCCCAUCCAAGACCGAGACUAACCCCCAUCCAAGACCGAGACUAACCCCCAUCCAAGACCGAGACUAA